CGAAGGAUUAAACACAGCCUGUAUGAUUCUUCAGAAAGCGUAAUGCAUGUACAGAAAUAAUUCAAGAAAGGCUCUCCAGGCUUCUUUGAAUGAGCUCCUCCCUUCUAUUCGGUAUCAAGCUGAACUGUCAAACACAGUUUCUUCUUGAAAUACCUCCAUUGGAGAGGGCGCUAAUACACGAGCGGGCUCGUUUUUUAUGUGCUCUCGUUCGUUUCUAGAGAUUGCCAAUAGCGUCUGGAGCCCGCCAGACAGUCUCAAAGACUUGUAACGUUUACAAACAACAAUCAAAGACAAACUGUGCCUGGUGGAUACUGGUUCAUCGCCGCAAUCGUGGGAUUGCAGUUUCGAUAAACAUCAUCUAUUGAUCCACGAUGCAGAAGAUGAUGGUUUCUUUUCCGUACUUCUUCGUUCGCCCCGGCUCAUAACUGAACCAAUGCCCGAGCUCAGGUUGCCCUAUAGCGUCAUUCCUGUCUUUCUAACCAGGUAAUCGAAAUUCACGCGCAGCCAAGCUACGCUGGGAGACCGGCGCCCGUGCUGCAAGCGACAAGUAAACCCAGUUACAGCCACACAACCAAGAGUCUCUUGGAUUGAAACUACUGCUUUAUUGAAGUCAGCAAAUACCUGGACAGAAGAAGCAAACUAGGAAAACAAUUCUCCCUCAUCAGGACGAAUGACGUAAGUAAGAACUUCCUCAAACAUUUCAAGGAUGGUACUCGAUCAGGAUGACAUCGUUCAGUCAAUACUGCACGGUAAUCUGACGAACGACCCUCCUUCUCGAGUCGUCAAAAUUUUCGUCAGCUCUACUAAAUCAGAUUUCGAACAUGAGCGUCGCCAGUUGCACGAAGUGGUGUUUCCAGAGCUCCAGCGACAUUGCUCUGGUUUGGGAAUUGACGUGGAACUGGAAGACAUCCAACAAGGUAGUGACGUCGAUUCCAUAUUGGAACCAGCUUCGUUUGCCCAACAAAUGCAUGAAAUUGAAGUUUGUCACCGGGAUUCCUUAAGCUGCUUUUUUCUGAGCCUGGUGGGAAACAAGUACAGGCCCUAUCCUUUACCUCUUAGCAUUGAAUCUUCUGAGUAUAGUCACAUCUACAACGCUGCUUUUGACGCAGGUCUAGACGUAGCCCUGCUGGACCAAUGGUACAAGUGCAACGCUAACCUUGUUCCUCCUGCAUACAUCAUUGAGCCCCCUCAAACAAAGUACGAACACUUUGGGCUAAGGCGUCCAGCCCAAUGUAAGAAGAAACAGUUUCUCCAACAAGUACAGAGCUGGACCGAAGAUGCUGAGACUUUAACGAGAAUAAUCCAAUAUGGCGCUCGGGUGGCUUUUGAGGAAGGCUUAAUUAAUCAAGUGAAUCGACAGAAGCAGAGACGGUAUUUUAUGUCAGGAGUACAUGCACAUUUCGAUGAGGCGUUACAACUCUCAAAGGCAGCUAGUCAGCGAAUGUUAUGUGUUAUCAGGCAGUUCGAAGGCCUAAAUACUUCCGAUACUAAUGCUUCAUCCUAUGCUGACAUCGCAUCGCAAGAAGGUGCCACUUAUGAGGAAGAAAGCAUUAGUGGAAUCCAGGAGUUAAUUGACAGUAUAAUCCUCUCCCUAGAAAGAAAAAAUGUUCAUUACUUCAGCAUUCCAUGGCUAGAAUCUGGUGUAGAUCCUGACAAUUCGGAACAUGGAAAUUAUCUCGACAAGUUCGGAGACGUGAUUUUGUCAACUCUAAAAGAAAUGAUCAGCGAUGCCACUGUUUCCUCGCCUGAGUGGGAGGGUCUUCCUUCAACCGUGAAAAAGGCGGUUCAGGAAGUGGUGUUGGAGUCUCAUGCUCACCUUGUCAACGCCUAUCACAACCUACACGCUCUAGGCGUCUCUCAAUCGUUAGCCAGCGAUUGUGGACCAUUACUCCAUAUUCAACAACUCAUGUUAGAGGAUGAGAAUCGCAUGCGACACUCUCCUGUUAUUGUAUGUGGUCGUAACGGUUCGGGAAAGUCAACUCUGCUCUCUCAGGUCCUAAUGUAUUGUACCGAGUGGCUAGGUAAUGACAUAGUUAGGAUUGUCCGCCAUGUUGGAAAGAGUCUCACCUCUACGUACACACCAGAAUUACUUAGAAACCUAUGUCUUCAUAUUAGCCUAGUUUUUGGUUUCGACAUCACUCCUAAGCAUUAUAGUUUUGAGCUUGGGAAGUUAAGCAUUUGGUUUCAGGACCUACUUAAACUCGUCGAAACCACCACCAGCGAUCUCGUUAUCGUUCUAGACAAUCUACACGACCUUAGGUCUCCCCCUAACAAUCAGGCAGCCAUCUUGGGGUGGCUGCCAUGGAAUCUCCCAGCCAACGUACAUAUUAUUUGUUCUGUGGCUGAAGAACAUGAAACUGUUCUCGGUCUGCUUAAAUCUCGCAUGUCAACAGGAGACAACCUCAUUCAGAUUCCCCCACUCAAUCACGUAGCUGCUGUUAGUAUGAUCCAAUCAAAUCUUAAAGACAAUAAGCACUUGUUAACAACCAACCAAUGGUAUACAUUAAAAGAAAGGCUCAAUGGGCAGUCAUUUUCACCCCUAUAUGUGAAACUUCUAUCUCACGAAGCCAGACGCUGGACAUCGUGGCAGGACAUUUUGGACAACGACGUGCCUCAAACUUUACAAGAGCUAAUCAACAGACUUCUACUGAGAUUGGAGUCCCAGUAUGGAACAUCUACUGUAAGAAAAAUAGCUUCCUACCUAACGUGUACGCACUACGGGCUCAGAGAACCAGAAAUACUAGAGCUUCUAACAGCUGCCGAGUUCGAGGGACCGAGCGCUGUGCGAGGGGAUGACAACGCGAGAGAAUUUUCAUUUAUGGACUGGUUUGGCGUCAAACAAGAACUUGAUUCUCUACUAAAAGAGUACUAUGUUGGAAAUCGACCUUACAUCCACUGGAGCAACUCUGUUGUCACGGAAAUAGUGAGAGAGCGGUUUCUCUCUAAUCCUAGCGAUGCCCGUAUCUGCCAUACUGACUUAGCCAGCGCCUUCUAUUUGAGUUUCCUGGAAAAGGCAGAGGAAAAGGUCCCCAAGUUACUGGAAAUAACAAAAGGAAAGAAAACUGACACGUCCUCAGAUCUUUUGCGUGAGGUUGAUGAACUUUGGUUUCAUCUUCUAUUAAGUAAGGACUACAAAAAACUGAAACAGGAUGCAAUUUGCAACUUUGAGUUUCUGCUGUCUGCUGUUAGGGGCGCUUCAAUUGGGUAUUUGAGAAGUAUCUUAGAGUUCGUAAGAAGUCAGUUUCUUGACUGGGAGGUUGAACUCCUUUAUAACAUGACAAAGCCAUCCGUAGAUGUGUUGAGCCAAGACCCACAACAACUUGCUACUGAGAUAUUAAACUGGCUCAGACCUUACAAAGAUGGCACUUCUGAAUUUUUAGACAGCCUUGUAAGUACUGCGCUGCGGUGGUGCAACAGUAAUUCUUAUCCUGCCCUUAUUCCUCAGAACUCCUGGCUUAACUUAGUUUUGGCUCCUCAGGUAACAGUCAUCACAUGUCCUGGUCCAAUCUCUCACAUGGUUUCCACUCCAGAUAGUCAGUACGUGCUAUGCAGCACACAAGAAAAAAUAAUUCAUAUGUAUAAUCUACCUUCGAAAAACCUUAUCAAAACCUUUUUAGGACAUAAAGCGGCAAUCACUUGUUUACAUAUGACUCCAUCUGGACGCUAUCUAGUGAGUGGAUCAGAAGAUACAGAUGUAAUAGUAUGGGACGUAGAGAAAGGAUCUGUGAAGCAUCGACUAAGUUAUCACAUAGCUGGAGUUUUGUGCGUUGCAACAACAAACUCGGAAACAUUAGUUUUGAGCGGCUCAGAAGUCGGAGUUGUGAUUGUUGCUCGACUGGAUUCAGGUCACGUCGUACAAAGAUUGGAAAAUCACCGAGGUGUGAUUAACUGCGUAGCUGUGAACAGUGGCGACGACAUUUUUGUAACAGGUUCCUCGGACUGCACUGUAUGUAUCUGGUGUCUUGAAGACUUCAAGCUUCUCAAUACCAUCACCUUGACUGCUUCUGUCUGCUAUAUGGAACUUUCUCGAGAUUCAACUUUCCUUCUACUGGGCUGUGAGGAUAACACAGUGCACGUGCGAUCCCUAACUACUGGUUCGGAUGUCCACUGUCUACAAGGUCACUCUGGCACGGUAACCAGUCUGUGCUUUGCAAGAGAUAACUGUCGCUGCAUUGUAGGAUGUCACAAUGGCAAGAGUUACGUGUUCGAUAUUCUUUCUGCAAAAUUACUUCAAACUCUGGGAGGACAUUCGGAUGCUGUUACUAGCUUACAGACGCAGGAAAAUGACACUUUUCUCAUAAGUGCUGGAGGAAAUAAGAUCGUUGUGUGGAACUUCUACUCGAAAAGAAGUGAAGGAUACCAUCCACGUGCCAAAGUGCGGAAAGUUGACAAUCACAAGGACGUGGCAACGUGUCUGGCGGUGUCACGUGAUGGUAGCCUAGCUGCCUCAGGCUCUAAAGAUCACUCUGUGAAAGUGUGGCAUCUUUCCGCGAGGGAGACUCAUAUGACUCUCCAGGGACACACGGCUCCUAUCACUUGCUUAGCCUUCGCUCCUAAUGGACUUUUCGUUGUCUCGGGGUCAGAGGACAUCACUCUCCGCGUUUGGGGCCUAACUCUCGGACUUGUGGUGUCUACUUUCAAGGAGCAUCAGAAUAAAAUAGCUUGUGUGUCUGUGACGUCAGACAGCCGUCGAGUACUAUCUGCAGAUGUCCAGGGCAGCUACCGACUGUGGCAAGCUGACAGUGGUAAUCAAGUUCUUGGCUAUUUACGCCCACUUCAUCAAAUGUCGCUGCAUGCAAGCACUGUAUUUGCAAUUGGAGGCAAAAAUGAUAACAGCGUUCGAUUUUGGCCAAUACUGGAUGUGGACUCUGAGAAAUCAGUUACUCAUAGUGAUGCAAUUCUCUGUUACACUGUCACCUACGACUGCAAGACCGUUGUCACAGGCUCCCAGGACAUGUCGCUCAAGGUGUGGGAAGUGGCUACCGGAAAACUUACUCAAGUUUUAGUGGGUCACGAAGGCCCUGUCACGUGCGUGGCUGUAGCCCCCUUUAGUCCAUCUCUGGUACUGUCUGGCUCCAUGGACCACAAUCUUAUCGUGUGGGACAUGACCACUGGAGAUGAUAAUUUAACUUUAAGAGGUCACAAAGAAGCAAUCAAAACUGUACAGCUCACGCUCGAAGGAAGCGUUGUCAUUUCAGGUUCUGAUGAUAAUACCUUCCAAAUAUGGUAUACGCAAACUGGUCACCGGAUAGCCAUAUUAGACCUACAUAUGACAAUGGUUUCUAUGGCAACGUCUCUUCACGUGGGUCAUAUAGUUAUUCAGUUAGCCAAUAGCAAUUUGGUUCCUGUUAUUCGAGUUCACAAUAACCCAGGAAAAGGAAUAAAGUUAGAUUUGCCUCCAGGAACACCUGUUAAUGAUGAAGGUAAACUUUUAGGUCAUUCCUUAAGAAGUGUUUUGCCAAAGCGAAUCCUACUUAGAGGUAAUUUGAAACGUGAACAGUCUUUCGACUCGUUCUAUUGGGAUCUCCGUUCUCCAAAACACGAUAUCGGAGCUAGUCUAGAAGACUUCAAGCGGAUUCCAUCACCUUUUGGAUCCAGAGAAACAUUGCAUUUAGCUGGGACAGUCUGGGACGGUUCAGUUGGAAAUCGACCCUCAAAUCGGAGCAUCACUUUACAGGAUGGAGGAGGCAUUCAGCCCAAAUCUAAACUUUCCAAACAUAAGAUGUUAAAAAAACAACACAGUAUGUUCGCCUGCUUUCCAGAGUUUACUCAGCAACCUCAGUCUCCACUUCUCUCUCCACAAUACCCGAAAGUGGAUGGAAAAGGAGACUGUCUGGUUCGUUCUCCGGUAACGAGACUAGCAAAAGAUUUUCCUGAUCUUAGUCAUUCUGGCGGUUUGGAAGAAAAUGAAACAACACUGGAAGAAACUGAAUCAAACAACGCAACACUUGUCAGAGACUCUAGUGUUUGUUCAAUCUCAUAAUGAACUAAACAGGAGAGGCAUAAUAUGGAUUACACAAACAAACAAAAAAUAUAAUUACUGGGGGCUACUGAGCAUAAAGCCAGAUAAGCAAAAGAUUUUAAAUCUUUAAAUGUUGCUUUGCCGUGACUUGCCACUCACAAUCUCACAGCAGUUAAAUAAUACUGUAUUAUGUACCUCAAAAAUGGUCUCGUGUGUUCUUAACUAAUAGUAUCUCUAAGUUCGCAAGGGCAGAAUUCACUAGAUUAUAUCAAUUUGGUGUUCGUUACCAUGUCAGUGCAUUGUAAUAAAGCAUCUUAUGGGUCUUAACGUUGACGCAGUUUUCAAACUAGGACAAUAAUGUAGUAAUGGUUUUUGUAGACAUAUGAACUGUAACCCUGUUCGUAUGCAAUAUUAUGCUUUUCUAAUAUAUAUCAUUCUACGUCUAAUCAACCAUUAGCUUACUUGUUUGUUUGUUUUAUAUAUUUGCCACACACUUCUUCAAGCAAGCAAAGGUGACCUUAUUAUUAAAAUAUGUUGUGCUGGGCAACUCGCAUAGUAAUAAUAAUAAUAACCGAGAAAACCUGCGCUGUGCACAUAAACGAUAAUAAAAUAAAAAUGUUUACUUCACAUAUCGACAAUAGCUCGCCUUAAAAUCUUAAUGUUUAGUAAUUCGUGAAUAAGAAUUUUCAGAUUUUCGUUUGUAGUUAAACGUGCGUAUGAAACAGCUUGAUAGCACUUAAGAAAUGGCUAUUUCUGUGAAUACUAGUCUUUGAGCAGGGGCGUGGCCAGAGUUGAAAAAAAAGUGAGUCACCACUAAUUUUUGGUUUUAUUUUUAUUUAUUUGAAUAUUAGUCAGGUUCCAAUAAUCUUUUUAUUCCUGUUGUUUCUUUUGUUUACUAGUAAUUUUUACUACAAUGUUUACUAGCAUGCAUUUUUCUCUGUUUGAUAAAAAAUGACAAAAAUGGCUCAUCCAUAGAGCAUCCUUUUAAAUAAUGCGUAAAUAAAUGGCAGCCAUCUACCAUCAUAUACAUGAUUUGUUUUGCUUUUUUAUACUUUGCCAAAUAUGCCAAAUUAUAGCUACAAAAAAUUCUCUAAAAAUAGUGGGCGCCCAGGCGCAAAGAACCUAAGCUGUCUACGCCCAAUGUAUUUAUUUGGGCAUGUGUAACACGUUGUUUCAUAAUAUUAUGCAAUAUAUAGCUGGCUUCUUGUUGGUGUUCUCUUAACGAAUAAACAUUACUAAGUCUAACUUGUUGAAUUUACCUAAAAUUACAGAUGAAAAAUAAAUGAAGUUAACACACACACACAUAUAUGUAGAGAGAGAGAGAACCAGCAGUAAGCUAGUUAAAUCAAUUAGAGUUUCGAAAAUGUUUUAUUUUUUACACAUUAUUCAAACCUUUUGAUGUGGUAAUUUCAGAUACGGUUACUUACUAAAGUAAUUUAACACUGCUCACAAAAAGCUAGACUUAAAACAAUGUUUUAGAAUAUCGCGAUCGAUUACUAUAAUAAAUAUAUAUGCAUAACACUGCUUAAUGUAUUACGAUACGUAACUUGUUGAUCAAGAUAUCACAAUAUAUAACCUAUAUCUUGAGAAAUUGCUAUAAAUAUUGUGUAUUUGCAUAUAUUCCGGUAGAGAACAUAUAACUUCAAAAAUUGUACUCUGUCUUUAAGGAUAUGACUAUCUAUAUCAUAGAUCAUUGAAUAUCACAUUAUUACAACUUUUUCCUAAAACGAAAUGAUAUAAAAUACCUUCCUUGCAAUAUCACGAUGUUUUGUACUGCGAUUAAUAACAGUCGUGAGCAUUUAACACCUAAAUUUUAUAUUAAAACAUUUUGAAAUAGAACAUUUACCUUCAGAUAUCAUGAUUCAUAACUAGUUUCUAUAUUACAAUGCAUAUCCUGCAUUUUUAAGAUAUUGCAGUAUCUUGAUAUAUGACAUAUUCAAAUGAUUAUAGAACACAAGCGUUUCUGUCUGGAAUCAACAGACGGUCUAGGUACGAUUUGACUAGUUUGGAAGUAAUCUUCUAUACUAGACCUUUCUGAAACUUAAACCUACCACCAACUUAAACUAAAAAUUGACAUUGCUUUCCAAGUCGAUCCAGUAACUUCGUUGACACUAGAGCAAAUAAUUUAAAGCUUAUAACAAAUCCAUUUGAAUGUAGCUACGUUGUGCGGAAACACAUACAAUUAACGUGCCAUAUCAGUGUUUGAGAAACAAAGUCGCUGGAAAUAGACGUAUUAUUUAGAUUGUCUUAUUCUUUAAUUUCAAUAUAUUAUAUACAGCAUAGGUUCACGCAUGUGAAAAGGAGUCUACGUUUAGAAUGCUCUACUCGAUGCUUUUUCAAUACGUAAAAUGUGUCUCAAGCUCAGUUUAUAAAGCAGUAGAUCAUUCAGAGGAUGUAAAUAGUAGAAAAAAUUAAAUGUGUAGAAGACAUACAGACAUUUGUUUAAAAUAAUCGAAAUGAGCUUAUUGUGGCUAUUUUGUAUUUAUACAUAAUUCCGUAUUUGUCUCUAAUUAUUGUGUUCCAAGUUUAAUUUUGUUCAGGAAGUUUCCGAUUUUAGGAAAGCUUUUAUUAUUUACGUGUCCCUAAUAUAAUCAGUAUUAUUUGAAUUAUAAUCUAUAUAAAUGUUAAUCAUCAAAGUGUAACUCUUUGGAAAGUAUGGUUUUCGAAUUGAAAAGUGAGCAAUUUAAAAAGAAAACUAUUAUUUCUUUUCCACGCUGCGGGUAAUGACUUGAAAUAUUGGUCUUCGAAAGUCCACUGAAUCUUUUAGUUCAUUUAAUUUAAAACAAAUAUAAGUGUCACUGUAAUUCUAAUUCAAUUAUUAGAAGGGUUUUUCUUAUGUGCUCAAUAACGUGUAGAAUAUAUGUAGAAUAACAUUGUUUUCGAAACAUUUCCGCACUAAAAAGUGCAGACAGUAAAUCGCUUUCUUUUAAAAAUGCAUGUAAAUCACAAUGUUUUAUUCAAAAACGUUUUGGCAUACAGAGAAAGUUGCUAUAUGUACAGUUGUACAUGCUUGUCUUAAAAAGUAAAUGUUUGUACAGUUAUUACAUGUAUAGAAAAAUAGGUGUAGCGUUUAAAAUGUUUGUAGCUGUGUGUGUAAGCACUUAACGUGACAUUGUUGAGCACUUAACCAUAACAUUUAUAUUCACUGUUGAAAGGAACCGGGUUAAAAUUCCGUUCGGUUCUCUAGAUAUGUCGAUAAACAUUAUUGGAAAGUUACCGUUCAACCGAAAAUUUAUAAUUAAGAUGUUCACCAAAUGCUUACAAUAAACAGUCCGUUGAUUCUCCCAGUUGCAGCAUGAUUUGAGGGUCGAGUAACUAUUGAGCGAAAAACAAAAUCAUGCCAGAAGAAUUAAGCUUUCAUAUGACCGAAAUUUAUAUGAGGAAGAUAAAAUAAAAUAAAAAAUCUGGUAAUUUUGCACUUAUCUCUAAAAUUUGUUUGCAAUAAUAACUGCCGUCACAAUUUUACACUCGAACGGUGAUAAUCUGAAGUUUCAGAACACACGUGAGAUGCGUGGAUUAUAAGUCUGUGUAUAAAAUUCAAUAUCACGCGUUUAUGGCAAAGAAACGGAAGCGUUUUUGUUUCGUGCGUCUUGACUUUAAUAAGAUUUUUCAAUAACGACUUCCUUCAUUAAUAAGAUGGACAUGUCGUAGCCAUAAUCGCAAAUUAUAGGUUAUGAAAAUAAGGAUAUUUUUGAAAAUUUUUCAAAUUGUCGAUAACGCAUAAGAAUGAAAAUAAUACUAUUAUUAAAAAUAUAUAUAACUUUCUAUAGUCGUGUUAGUUAAUUGGUGAAUUAAUAUCGUUAUAAAUCAAAGUCUUCUUUCAAAUCGAGGAGACGUAAUGAUAGUAUAUCCACGAAGCUUUGAUAUAAUGUUACAAGUUCAUUUAUAGCACUUGGAUGUAAAGUGUCAUUGUUGUUGAUAUCUAUUUCAGCGUAGACCUUAAAAUUAGUCAUUGUGAAUUUAUAUUCAUACAUUAUCUACUUUAACAGAAAAAAUGUGCUCACUGAAAGAAUAAGAACUAAUUUAGAAAUAAAUAAGAAAAAUUAUAAAUAUGUUUUUUGAAUAAAACCUACCUUAAAGCAUUAGAACACACCAUUAUUUUAGUCCAACCAUAGGAACUUCCAUGCUAUUCUCCAAUUUAUGAAUAUCAUUAUGUCUAACGUGUCGUUUAAUGAAUAAUAACACGCAUAAUGUCUAUUUGGUAAUUUGUUUAUUGAUUAUUAAUUUGAUAUACGUGCUUGUUGUGUGUAGUUUCAGUUUUGAAUAUAUAUGAGAAAAACUGCUCAUAAUUCGUUAUUACUAUUGAUAACUAGCCACCUAGGUAUAUCAGCCCCUAACGAUAAGUCGUUAAUAUUAAUAACCAACCACCUACGUAUAUCAAUCACCCUCUAACGGCUACGUGGCUUGUUAUUGAUCUAAACACUGCAUUACAGUAGAAUUUUGUAGUGGUGUAUCUUCUCGUAAAAACACUUGUAAGUAUAAUAAAGAUAUACAUGAGAUACAAAUGUCACAUAUUUGGAAACGUUGUACCAUUUAAGUGAUAAUGGUCGUUUGAGUCUGUUAUCAUAUCUGUAUUUGCACAAAUAGAAAUGUAAUAAAAUGUUUUAUGUCAUCACGAGCAAUGUAAAACUGAAA